AUGGCGCGCAUCAAUAUCCCUCUAGACGCGCUUACCAGCCGUCUCAACUUCUCCGGCCGCUUCGACUCGGUGCGCUCCCAAAGCUUAGCGAAUCGCUUCGCCAACCUCAAACCUGUGGGCGAGUUCUUCGACGUCAAGCGACUCAGUAGACCCCGGGACUUCGCGGAGAUCCAGGGUCGGGUGAAUUACAACCUGAGCUACUUCAGCAGCAACUAUGCGGUUGUCUUUGUGAUGCUCGCCAUCUACAGCUUGCUCACCAACUUACUCCUGUUCUUUGUGAUGCUUCUAGUCGUUGGUGGCAUGUUCGGUAUCUCCAAGCUCCAAGGCGCGGAUCUGGACCUAGGCUUUGCACGCUUCACCUCGUCGCAGCUGUACACAGGCCUGCUGAUCGUCGCCGUGCCCUUGGGUAUUUGGGCGCGGCCUAUUACGACAAUACUGUGGUUAGUAGGUGCAAGUGCUGUAACCAUUCUGGGCCACGCGAGCUUGAUGGACAAACCUAUAGAGGCAUCUUUCUCCGAGGAGGCGGUUUAG